AUGGUUGAAGGAAUGAUUUCUUCAGAAGACAAGGGAAGGGGAGAAAGUUUGAGAGAUGUGGCAGAACGGUAUUUAUUUGAGCUAGCAAAUAGGUGUAUGGUUCAAGUGGAAAUAGACGAGUUGCCGCUGUAUAAUAGGUUUAAGUCAUGCCGGCUUCAUGAUAUGAUUAGAGAUCUAUGUUUGUCAAAAGGGAAAAGACAAGGAUUUCUGGAGGUUAUGGUUAGAGAGAUGGGAGGAGGAGACUCUUCCAUUUGCAAAACAAAUAGAUUUGCUAUUCAUGCGGUGGGAGUGGAUAACGAUCUUAGUCAAAGGAUUGGGGAAAAUAAGAACAUAAGAUCUUUUGUAUUCAAAGGUUAUCAAUUUGAGAAUUGGAAAUUGCCCAAAGGAAUCGCAAAAUGGAAGCUGUUGAAGCUAUUGAGUCUUGAAAAUAGUAUUGUGAAAGAAUUGCCACCAUCUAUAUGCAAGCUACCUCGUUUGCAGACAUUGAAUGUGAAAAAUACAAUGAGAUUACCUAAUUGCAUAUACAAAAUGAAGCGCUUGAGGCAUCUAUUUAUGAAAGAUGAUCAUGAGAGGGUUGGAGGCGAAAAAUUGAAAUUUGAAGGGUUGAAUAAAUUGGAGAUGGUUGAUGAUAUCUGGGUUGGUGAUGUGGUUGAUGAUAUCACUCAUCUUCUUAAAUUGCCAAAGAUGGACAUGGAUGUCAAUACGAAUCGGGAAGAUGGCUUAACUCUUUUCAGGAGGUUGGUGAUGUGUCACUCACUACAUUACUUGAGAAUCACACAUUGUCGAGUGAGCAUGGUGAUGUGUCACUCACUACAUUACUUGAGAAUCACACAUUGUCGAGUGAGCAAAUUACCAGCUUAUGAAAUUCAACUAUAUCAAAAUGUGAUAGAAUGGCAGCUUGUGGGUACAAGGAUUGAGGAAGACCCAAUGGAAAUACUAGAGAAGCUUCCCAUGUUAAGAGUUCUUGGCUUGUGGAGCAAUCCAUAUGUGGGCAGAGAGAUGGUUUAUCGGGCAACUGGAUUUCCUCAACUCAGGGAACUUGUUUUACAUAGGUUGUUGAAUUUAAUGGGGUGGAGAGUGGAGAAAGGAGCAAUGCUCAACCUCUCUAGUCUACUUAUUGCAGAAUGCAGUAAAUUGAAGAUGAUUCCAGAUGAAUUGGAAUUCAUUAAUACUCUCCAAACUAGAGAAGCUUCCCAUGUUAAGAGUUCUUGGCUUGUGGAGCAAUCCAUAUGUGGGCAGAGAGAUGGUUUAUCGGGCAACUGGAUUUCCUCAACUCAGGGAACUUGUUUUACAUAG